AUGCCACCCCCAGAAAGUCAGAAUAUAGCAGAACCACCAGCAUGGCUGUUGGAGAAAGCUCAAAAUGCUGAAAAGGCGUCCGUUGUAGGGCCAGACGCGUGGUCGAGGAUCAUACAAAAGACGAGAGCACAUGCUGAAGCGAACAGCGAAGAGCAUCAGAACAGCAUGCGCUUGCUAGGCAAGAAGAUGAACGAACUCCGAGCGAAGUAUGACUUGAAUCCAUUCAAGAAUGUGGAGCAACAACCAUCUACGUCAGAUGAUUUCGUGGUGCAGCCAAAAGCCAUCAUACCAGCACAGAAUGGCAUCAAGCGUAAAGCCUCAACCCAAGCCCAUAUACCAGAGGAUCCUCGCGCUAAAAAGCCAAGGGUUCAGAAGACGCAGUCAUCGCAAGAAGACAUCUCUAAAAAGGCGAAGGCAGAUGCAGAGAAGCAAGCGAAAUGUCGAGACGCACAGCAGAAGAAAGACGAUGCGUACAAAAAAUCCAUGCAAAACGUGGAGGAGCGAGCGGAUAAGGUUGAGGAACUGAGAAGACCAAAGGAUACUCUCAAAGAGAAGCCAGCCAGCACAGUUUUUGCCGAAGCGUCGACUACAGGCACAUCACCGGACCGGACGGCUGCACAAGCAACAACGGCUAUAGUAGCAGCAAACAAGCCAGAUACCACGAACACCAUACCAUCAAACGCCUUACCUGUUUCGGAAAGCAAUACAGACAGAUAUGCCGUACGAGCACCGCUGCCAGAAUGGUAUACAUCUAUCUCCAUGAAGGGUCAUAUGAUGGAGGCGAUGAGCAAGAAGCGACCCCCAGAGCUCACUUCACUAGAAGCCCUCAAAACUUGUAUAAGACAAUGCGAAGACACGAAUUCCGCUAUUCAGCUUGACAAGCUAUAUGAUGCUCUUCGCGACCAUGUACACAAGGCUGAAAUACGACUUGAGGUCAAUCGCUUCCUCGUCAGGAAGGCUAACAUGCUGAGCCCUGAAUACGGACUUCCUCGCAUCUUCAGAGCGGGAACAGAUUUUCCAUGGGAUUUGAAAGCAGAUGCAUAUCAAUUGUACAACCGCUGGUGGAAGAACGACCUGAACCAAGAUAUUCUCCGCGGUAUCGUAUCUAACAAAACUGGAAACCGCACGAGUGACCGCCUCGACGAAACCUACCGUAAACGAUUCUCCAUCGAUGCGAAACACUACGGGAAUGGCGACCUCGUCCAAGGGCAGUGGUGGCCAACUCAGCUCUGUACUGUCCGUGAUGGGGCUCAUGGCUCAGCCCAAGGCGGUAUCUACGGUGAAAAGGAGCGCGGUGCCUACUCCAUUGUCCUCUCAGGCGGCAAUGGAUAUCAGGACGUCGACAACGGCGACGUCAUCGAUUACUCCGGCACACCAGGCAAGAAUUCCACGCCUACAGAGAACACUAUCCAUCUCCUCAAAUCCGCUGAUCUGGGUAACCAGAUCAGAGUUGUUCGCUCUGCGCAGCUCAACAAGAAGAACAAGUACCGGCCCGAGCUAGGCUUGAGGUAUGAUGGUCUGUAUCGGGUGACGAGUUAUACAAAGACUGAUCAGGAAACGGCGAUGUAUAAGUUUCGGCUAGAGAGGUGUGAAGGUCAGGAUCCAAUCCGGUUCGAAGGGAAGGCAAAGCGACCGAGUUUCUACGAGGUCAAGGAGUAUGAGAGACUGAAGGAUAGGGUGUGA